UCUGAAAAGAGAAGAGAAUAAAACAGUCUUAAAGAAUCAUUUAAUCCAGUAGUCUAAGGGGUUUCUUUCGUCUAAUUUGUCUACUAUUUUUAAGAUUCUGUAAUAUUUUCAUAUGUAUAUUUAUCUUUCAAGUGCAAAAAUGUUUUGUGCUGGAUUGUUGCAACGUAGGUUGAGCCAACGUUUACCACAGUCGUUCGGUUUCAAUCCGAAAAAGUCCUUUUCUGACGAAAAAAAAGCACCGAAUGUAUUCCUUUGGGGCGGCGGUCUGGGCAAGCUCCAAGGCGGUCUGAAAGAGGAGGAGUAUUUCAUUUCUUUGACCCAAAGCCUGGUGAACAAAAUGCAGUCAAAGAAGGACGAAGUCGACUACAUGCCCAACUGGGACGAAUUCCAAAAGACUCUGGAUCACUCAUCUAUUGCCAACACAUCGUGCAUGAAUAAGCAUAAGAAUGUACUCGAGGAGGCUUUCUUUCUUAACGAGACUGCUGAUAACUUGAAAAUAUUACAUGACCGUGCCCAAGACGAAGCACAACAACGCGUCUUGAAUAACACUGCCACUGAUGUUAUGGAACAUCUCAAACCCGAUUCGCACACCAUAAAAUAGUUCCUUGUUUCUUAAUAAUGUUAGUUAUGCGUUCAUUUUUCGGAGCAAGUAGGCCUCGACGUUAAGGAAGCCCUACCAAUUGCCCAAUAAAAUCAAUAGUUACCGGUUAGAACAAUGAGUUUGGAAAUACAUUGCCAAUAUAAUAAAAAUUAUGCGUUUAAAAUUUGAAAAAAAA